AUGCGUGUUCAGUCCCCUGCCCUGUCGCUGGCCUCUUCGGCAAUCCUUCUUGGCAGUCUUCCUACCAGUAAUGCCCUCGAUGUACCAAUCUUGAGCGAUCUUGGCGAUUUACUCAGUGGUAUUGGUGUCUCCAUCACGAAUCCCAUCCUCUCGGCAGUUCAAGCUGUGCUGAAUGGCGAUGGGAUCGUCCAGGGCGUCCUCGGAGCCGUCGAGGGUGCUCUGGGCAUGGAGGCAACAUAUGACUAUGUCGUCGUAGGCGGAGGUACAGCUGGAAAUGCUAUUGGCUACCGACUUGCUGAAGCUGGAUACUCGGUCGCUAUCGUCGAGGCCGGACUAUAUUAUGAAAUCGCCAAGCCCGUGCUGGGAUCCACUCCGGGUGGUGAUAUAAUCGGCAUCGGAUCCAGCAUACUCGACUCCAUUCCGACCGUCGACUGGGAGUUCCUGACGGAACCUCAGGCUGGCGCCAACAACCGCGAGGUGCACUACGCUCGUGGCAAGUGCCUUGGAGGUAGUUCGGCCCUCAACUUUAUGAUCCAUCACCGUGGUAGCAAAGGAAGUUACGACAUGUGGGCCGACGAAGUUGGCGACGAUAGUUACCAAUUCGAUUCAUUCUUACCUUAUUUUGAAAAGUCUGUCAACUUUACCCCUCCCGACACAACCAAGCGCCGCGCCAACGCUUCCACCCAAUACGAUCCCAAUGCGUUCGCGACGCCCGGUGGUCCAGUCCAGAUUGGAUACACCAACUGGGUGUCUGACUGGGCGACUUGGUUGGAGAAGGGAAUGCAGGCCAUUGGUAUGAACAGAACUAUUGGUUUCAGCAGUGGAAGUUUGCUCGGAUACCACUACUCACAGUCUACCAUCCGUGCAUCCGACCAGACCCGUAGCAGCUCGGCAGAGUAUAUCUACACUGCCGUAAACGAGGGUCUCGACAACCUCAAGGUCUACACACAAACUCUGGCGAGGAAGGUCUUGUUUGAUGGCAACAACACUGCCACAGGAGUCCAGGUCACUAGUCUAGGCGUCACCUACAACAUCAACGCCGCAAAAGAAGUCAUCUUGUCGGCUGGCUCUUUUCAGUCUCCUCAACUGCUCAUGGUAUCUGGUAUUGGCCCCAGAGAUACACUGGAGGAAUACGACAUUGAUGUCAUCGUCGAUGCCCCAGGUGUUGGACAAAAUAUGUGGGAUCACAUCAUGUUUGGCCCAGCCUACCAGGUUAACUUUGACACCUUAGAUCGUGUGCUUCACGAUCCCGUCGUUCUGGCCGAGACUCUGGCGGAAUACGUCGCCGAUGGCACCGGUGCUCUUUCCUCCAACGUGGUAGAGUUCAUCGGCUGGGAAAAACUUCCUGAAAAGUAUCGCGAGACAUGGUCCGCCGAAACCCAAGAGGCACUUGCCCAAUUUCCCGACGAUUGGCCAGAGGUUGAACACAUCUCUGGCAAUGGCUACAUUGGAAACUUCCGCUUCCCUGCUCUUCAACAACCACUUGACGGAAAACAGUAUGCGACCAUUCUCGGUGCCAUGGUAGCUCCAGUUUCUAGGGGCAACGUGACUAUCAAGUCGUCUUCGACUACAGAUCUGCCUCUGGUCAACCCCAACUGGCUCAGUGCCAAAGCGGACCAAGAGGUAGCAAUUUCCUGGUGGCGCCGCAUGCGUGAAGUAUGGAACACAGAUGCUGUACAAGAAAUUGUCAUUGGUGACGAAUACUGGCCAGGCACAGACACGGACACGGACGAGGAGAUUCUGGCAGUGAUUCAGGACGCUCUCAUGACUGUAUGGCAUGCGGCGGGCACUUGUAAGAUGGGCAAGGCGGGAGACGAGACGGCCGUCAUUGACAACGAGGCCAAGGUAUUCGGUGUCCAGAGCUUGAGGGUUGUGGAUGCCAGCAGCUUCCCCAUCCUGCCGCCAGGUCACCCUACGAGCACGAUCUACGCACUGGCGGAGAAGAUUGCGGAUGGUAUCAUCAAUGCAUAA